ACCCGGGCGAGCGUCGCCGAGCUCCUUCCUGACCUUAGAUUUCUAGCAUUUGUGAGCAUCGUGGACCCUAAGAGUGAAGACAAAUAAUAGGCUUUACUUUGCUACACGGAUCGUCACUGAAUUCUGAAGUAAAAGUAAAGCAAGAGCAUUUAUUGAAAUUUAAAGCACUGGGUCUAGAUUUUUACCAGCUAAAGCUGGCACAACUUUGGAGAGAGCUAUUUCCUAAAGCAGUGAGAUAAACUCCACUGGACUCCACAGAAGACGUUCUACUGAAGUCUGUAUCGAGUCGUGAAUGUGUGUUGGGCUGAAACGAGGCCUUAGUUACAUGGACUUGAAGGAACAGGGAGACAUGCCCGUAAAUGUCUUGGCCAUCUGUCCUACUUUAGCACGCGUUACCGCAGAGGAAAAAACGUUUUACUUCAUGCACCGAUACCUGAGACAUUAACUGCACCUCCGAGAACUCAGGCUUCUUGCUGACAGAGCGUAGGUCUCUGGUGGCUGUUCUCUCAUUAAGUUCGUUGUUUUAGAAACCUGUUUGGGACUAGAAAAGUUGAUAGGUUUAAGUCCAAAGUCAAACAUAAUGAAGCUUACCUCCUCCCCACCCCACCCACCCAUUAAAAUCUCUCAGCUCUGUUAGUGCCGCAUUUCAAGGGAAGAGCCUUUCUCAGGUCGUAAAUUCACAGACAAACAUGAAUGGGUAACAACAGAAAACGGUGUUGGAACAGUGGGAAUCAGCAAUUUUGCACAGGAAGCUUUGGGAGAUGUUGUUUACUGUAGUCUGCCUGAAGUUGGGACAAAAUUGAACAAACAAGGAAGAAGAUGUUAAAGACUUUAAGCAACCAUCACAGUAAUGGAUCUCAGUCUGAAAAACGAGACUGAAUUAGAAAAUAGUGAAAAUAAUGAAAUUCAAAGCACAGAAGAAACUGAAUUAAACUAUACUUGUCCAGAUGAAAGCAGUGAAAAGAAUCACGUUUGUUGUCUUCUCAAUAUCAGUGACAUUACACUUGAACAAGAUGAAGAAGCCAAAGAGUUUGUCAUUGGAACUGGAUGGGAAGAAGCAGUCCGAGGCUGGGGAAGGAUUUCUCCAACUGCCUGCAUCUGGCCCAGGAAGAAGCUUAAAAAGGCGAAGAUGGGAGAAAGUGCCAGCAGCUGCUUACUCUGUGUCAGCCUCUCCCAAGGGAGCCUGGAGGCCAGGCUUCAGUCGGAGGACAGGCUUCAGUCGGAGGCCGGGAAGUUGGAGUCGGGCGCUUCAGCUCCGGCUGAGGCAGGGCCGGAGAAGGAUGGAGGCAGCCUCUCCCAGACUCCGGGCCCCCCGCCAGGCCCCAACACUGCCUACCGGGAAGUUAACAGGAUCUGCUUUCCCACUUACAGUCAGGGAGAGAAAAAAAGUCUGCAAAUAAAAGAGUUUAUUUGGUGCCUGGAAGACUGGGCCACUCCCGAGGCUGUGAGGGGCAACGACCCCGGAAGCCCCAGCGGAGGCGCUGACGGAAGUGCCUCCGUGGCAGACUCCUUGACUUCCAAGGCCCAUUUAGUUCUACCUGCCCUGAAGUCUUCACCCCCAAAUGGCUUGGAUGUGCCAGGUAAGAAGAGUCAGAACUUUUUCUUGCAGCAGGAAGAGAAGGGGCUGAGCGUGGCGAAGGAUGAGCAAGUGGCUUGUGCAUAUGGGGUGAAAACAGUUGACGGGACAGGUGAAAAGAGGCCCAUUGAGCUGGCCAAGCACCACAAGGUGAAGGAAACGCAGCCUUUCCCCACCCCGGCGGCCCGGACAUCCCUGCUGGCCGGUCCCGAGCCCUGCUGCCUGCCCUGGUCCCUCCUGCCUGAAAAACACCUGGUGUGCCCUCCCCACCACAACAGUGUUCGCUAUCUCGCCACCCUGCAGCUUGUGGAGAAACAAGGAGCGCAGACCUACAAAGCCAAAUUCAAAGCCAGGGAGCCGAGACCUCCCAUGAAAACCCCACACCGCGUUCUCACAGCGGCCAAGCCGGAAAACAGGCCCCAAACGCUGGAGACCAAAGUGUUCUCAAGACCUCUCUUGCCGUCCCUCACGGUGAGCAGAGUUGUUAUGGCCGUUCCCACUCACAGACUCCUCUGAGUUGCCAUGAUGUAAUUCCCUGGGAAUAAGCACCGUCUGAAAGUUGUUCAUCUUCUCUUCGCUCUCUCCCUCCUGCCCCAACCCCAGUCUCUUCCUCAUCCUCACCCUUGUCUUCUCGUACACUUUUCUCUCCCCCCUCCCCUGGUGCUUUUUUGUAGUAUAAUCAGGGGAAAUUGAACCUCAUUGUACGGGUUUUGAUGUGCUCUCAAAGCCCCGAUAUUUAUGUGUUACCUGCUUCUAUUGCUUAGCCGUUUACAAAACGCAAACUGGUAAUGCCAGUCUCAGCCUCUGCCUGACUUAUCUCUGCACUGGAAGACAACUGGAUGGUGGGGAAUCUGAAGGGCCUCCCUCAGGGAUGCCCCCAUGCCAGCCCUGAGCCAACCUGCAGGGGCUCCUGCCCCCUCAACCCCAGUGCCUUAAGCCAAGGGUACUGGGCAUGUGUAGACCACAUCGUUUCUUGAUCUUUUGAACCUGGCAGAUGUCUGUCUGUUGCCGCAUUUUCUCUUGCAACAAAGAUCUGCUUUAAUAGAAACAAUGUUAUAAGAGAAAAAUUCCAGCCUGUGUCCAAAUGAAUAUCCUCUGUCCAAGGUGGUGUAUCCUUAUAUUAUAUCCAUGGAUGUACGGUAUCCCUUGUUUCCUAUAUGCCCCAGAUUUCAUAUAUUAUAGCCUCAUGCUUGUCGCACAUUUCAUAUAUUUCAUAUAUUAUAGCCUCAUGCUGGUCUCUGUGUCUGGGAAGUUUUUCUUACCAUUCUACAAAAUUCAUCUUGGGAGGCAGGUUAAGAAUAAUUUUUUUUUAAAAUGUCGCUGUGAUUAUUAUCAGCACACAUGCUUCCUCCAGUCUUACCUUAUAACUACUAUUUGGGAACUCGACAACCCCAAACAGACAAGUAUGGAAUGGGGCUGUGACUUUCUUCCUUCUUCCAUCUUUCCUCUCCCCUCAUUUUACCCGAGUGCGUAUUUCCUGAAGUUGUAUAUAAAUUAAACUUUUGUAAAUUAGUUAUAUUUUAAAUGUGAAGUGACAAUGCUAUGUAGAGAAAUGCUCUGAAGAACCAUUCUGUAAUAUGCAUAACCAUUUAGCCGCUCUGUAAUUACAUAGUUGGCAUGUGCUUAAGGUAGGUUGUACUUGAACUCUAGGCUUUCCGUCUC